AUGAUAUCUCUAUCUCUGACGAAAGAUAUCAAAAUUGAUACGACAGAAAUUCGCAACGAUACACCUGCGAUUAAAGACGACACAGCUUUGAUUCUGCAGGAGAUUGCGCAGCUUCAAGCUCGAUUACCCGAUACUGCUGCUGCCCCAAAGGAUUAUAUUCUUCAGAAGUUCCUCGAGGAUAUGGCGACAUAUACUGAGAAGACUCUCGAUGUGGAUAUGUUCUAUAGUGAUGGAAUGAGCUCUAGAGCUCUACCUAUUGUCGAUGAGCACGAUCACAGCUCACCCAAAUCUCCGCGGUACGAUCUACCGAGUUUAGGACCUCAGGAUCCCGCCGCAUUGGUAGCUAUCCAGUCAGACUCGCCAAAUCCAGGAGAUGCCCUCAAGAACGGCAUUAAUUACCCUGCCUCUCCAGAAUCUCACAAUCACGGACAUGGUCACUGGCCGAGAUUAACAAGGGAAAACAUCCCCCAACGCCCAAAGGGACCCGGUCCCGUAUCUUCUUGGCCUGAGGUCUUCUACGACAAAGAAGUUGCACUCGCCAAUGAUCCUCAAGCACCUCGUUCGAGCGCCCUAGCAUCAGAUUCUAGAAAUGAAGAAACGAAAAAUCAAAUCGCACCUUCCUUCGCCUGGGCGAGUCCAUCAAGGCUAGACGCCUUUGAUCCUCUAUGGCGUGAGCCCUAUGGCGACUAUCUCCGUACUCAGUACCCAGAUUUCGCAAGCCGCUAUGUUAAUCUGAUCCGUGAACCACAGCAGAUGCCACAUCAGACGGCGGAACCCCCACCGGUUCUGAGUAAAGAAGACGAUAUGAUAAUAUCACCAUUCAAGUAUCAAGAGAUGAGUAAGAAAGUAUACAGUAUCCAAAGGUUUAGGGGAAAUGUGGUCCUUGAUCUUCCAGUACCAGACAGGAUCCUCAACAUUAUUCCUUACUCUGCUCCCCUAGGUCAGGAUGAAUAUAUGCAUUGCAGAUUCAGCUUCAUCACCUGUCCUCCCGAGAUGUUUGGAGCUCAGAAUUAUACGCUGAGAGCGACACUAUUUGCUAAGCCGCGGCAAACGCAAUUUAUACUGGUCGUGCAAGCAAACCCUAACGACGCGGACUUCGCAUUGCGCUGGAAUUUCAUCCACGAUUCUAUCGUAUAUGCCCAGCAGAAAUUCGAAUUAUCUGGAACCUUACAGGAGUUCUGGAAGCGAGUUAUUGUUCAUUUACACUUGACUCAUGGAACGGAAUGGGGAUCUUCAAAACAGACGAUGGAUGCCGAGAUCACAAGUAUAAGAUCGGAAGAUCUUUACGAGCCGAUACGAGAGGAUUCAUGCAAGAUAGGAGAACACAGGACCUAUGCCCUCAUGUCAGAGUAUACUGUCCAGCUCCGCCCGACCACCGCCUUUCCACAAGCCGGAAGUCUGUUCCCCGCCAAAGUUUCAAUCCAAGUUGUUAUUGCAUCAGCUCGUGUUCCAGAGAGCACAAUGAGUCUUCACUGGUCUAAUAAAUAUAUUCCAUGGACCUGCGCCAUCAGCCAAGCUGCCCAAGCUCAACAUGUCAUAGACAUGAGCGAGAUAUCCGACGCCUUUUUGUCUCGAACUAGCUUCUUAUGGGACGUUUUGAAAAUAGACGCAAAUUUACCGUUAGUAAAGCAUAAACCAGUUCCGGCUUAUGACUUGGAAAUCUUCAGAUUUGACAGCUUGAUUGUGGAGCUGCGGCCACGCUUGACCUCAACAACCUCUUCGAAGGCAAAGAAGUCAGAAGAACGGUGGACCAAGUGGCUGAAGUCAGGAAGUACUUAG